CGAUGGGGUCAUCCGUCGAUGUGUCGUUGAAAAUGAGAUGUGACAAGACUAGAUAAGGAGAAAAUGGUGGAUCAAUCUCGCAAGGAUUGGUCCACCAAGCUCGAUGAUGCUCUCUGGGCAUACCAGACUGCCUACAAGACACCAAUUGGUACUUCGCCGUAUCGGCUUGUCCAUGGAAAGGCAUGUCACUUGCCAGUGGAGCUAGAGCACAAGUCCUUCUGGGCCCUUAAGCUGCUCAACUUGGAUGUUAGUCUUACAGGUUCUGAACGCAAAUUACAGCUGCUAGAGCUGGAGGAGUGGCGUUACCACGCCUAUGAGAACACCAAGUUGUAUAAGGAGCAACCUAAGCGCCUUCACAAUGCUCGCUUGAGGGGUCCGAAGGAUUUUCAGGUUGGCGAUCGAGUUCUCCUCUAUAACUCUCGCCUGAAACUCUUUCUUGGAAAACUCCGCUCCCUGUGGACUGGACCGUUCACAGUCACACAUGUGUUCCCGUAUGGCACGAUCGAGAUGUGCCACCCCGCAGACUGAGCCGUUUAAAGUGAAUGGCCAUCGUCUCAAGCUCUAUCUAGGAGACGAGGUCGAAAGUGCGGAGUUCGUAAUUGAACUAGCGGACCCUUAGUUCCGUCAUGGGCGUCCAGCUAAAAGGCGGUAAAGAAGCGCUUGUGGGGAGGCAACCUCACCACGGUUUGAAUUUCUUUCCCUUUUUCCUUUUCAAUUUUAUCAGUUUUUUUAGUCAUUGAGCCAUUGAGUCUGUCUGGAGUCUAUCUAGAAAGUAUCUCGUGCCCAGGGCAGUCUGUUUUCAUCUGUCACUGUGCAUUUUUUGAGCCGGGGCACGAAUGAGGUUUGGUUGUUCGAAAUCGUGGUUUUGAAAUUGUGCAGAGGCAGGCUCGACAGUAAAAACAUGGGCUCCAGGGGUUGAAAACACGGCUGUGUUUCUUCCCCUGUCCGCCCGUGAUUUGGUCCUUCACCCUUCACGACCUCGCACUAAAAAGCACGGGAACCAGGGGUUGAAAACACGCCCGUGUUUCGACCCCUGUCCGCCCGUGUUUUGCUAAAGGGAGAGCCGCGCCUCGGCAGUAAAAACACGGGCGCGAC